UGCUGCACAAUACGGCAGCUGUGUCUUCCAUCGCUUCAAGAUAUUUAAAUGAUUAUACACGAAAGGAUAUGGGGCCCGCGGAGGUAUACCACUACCUCGUGCAGGAAAUAUCAGAUCCAAGAGUGGCUGAUUGGCCGAUGAUGGCCAGCCCAUUUCCCGUCUUAUUGAUUUUGCUUGCUUACUUACUUUUUAUACUACAUAUCGGACCAAGAUUCAUGCGAAAUCGAGAGCCUUAUGUUCUUUAUAAGUUUAUGAUAAUUUACAAUGUCACCGUUGCCGUUUGCAGUGCAGCUGUUUUUUACGGACUACUUACGUCUGGUUUUACGACAAAAUUAUCUUGGGGAUGUGAACCAGUGGAUUAUUCCUCAAAUCCAGAAGCUAUAAGUAUGGCAAGAUGGGUCUGGUGGAUAUUAUUGCUGAAAAUGGCCGAGCUCGGCGAUACCGUUAUUUUUGUCCUCAGGAAAAAGUACAAUCAGUGCUCCUUCCUACAUAUUUAUCAUCAUGUCACCACAGUGUGCCUCGCUUGGAUAGCCUGCAAAUAUGCUCCAGGUGGUAUGUGGACCUUCAUCAUGAUGCCUAAUUGCCUCGUUCACGUCAUCAUGUACUCGUACUACCUGCUAGCCUGCCUGGGACCAAAAAUGCAAAAGAAACUCGCUCCUUUGAAGCCGUAUCUGACGAUGAUUCAACUGACGCAGUUUGUCAUCAUGGUGAUUCACACUUCACAAGCUUUGAUGCCCUCGUGCGAGCCAAAAAUGAAGCCAUUAGCAUACAUCUACAUGACAAACGUGCUCGUUAUAUUUUACAUGUUUUGGGAUUUCUAUAAGAAAGCCUAUUUGGCGAAAAAAAGUGUGUAA